ACGGCAGAGAGGGCGGGAGCAGCAAAGUAAACAGGAGUUAGCCACUCGUUAGCUUCCCCGCCCGCUUCGUCCUUGUCCUCAGCGGCCAGCAGUUCUGGGUUAAAUGGCCGCCGCCGCCGUGAAGCGUCUCCUCCAAUAUCGGUCUAGUCAGUUGAGAUGCAGUCUGGUCAGAGCCUCUGCUGGUCCCAGUCUGUCGUACCACAGCACAGCCGCCUCUAGGAUGAGUCAAGGUGCGACCGUGGAGCAGUUUGAGCAGGCGAAGAACAAACUGUCUUCACUGCAGACAGACCCGGGCAACGAGGUCAAACUGAAAAUAUAUGCUCUGUUCAAACAGGCCACCCAGGGUCCCUGCAACACACCCAAGCCAGGCAUGCUGGACUUUGUCAACAAGGCCAAAUGGGAUGCAUGGAAAUCUCUGGGCUCCCUAUCACAGGAGGAAGCCAGACAGCAGUACUGCGACCUGAUUGGCUCUCUGGUGGAAGCUGCAGGUGAAGGCUCUGCCCAAGUGGCCGCAAAGCCUACUGGGGGUGAAAAUGUGUAUGAGACGCUGUUAGUUACGACGGAGGAUAAGAUCACAACCAUCAAACUCAACCGACCAGCCAAAAAGAACGCCAUCACUACGGAUAUGUACACUGAGAUCACUGCAGCUCUGGAGCAGGCAGCAAAGGACGACUCCGUCCUCACCGUCUUUACAGGAGCAGGAGACUUUUACUGUAGUGGAAACGACCUGAACAACUUCACCAAGAUCCCAGAGGGGGGCGUGGAGGACUUGGCCAGGAGGUCAGGAGAUCUGCUGAGGAACUACGUCAACGCCUACAUCAAUUUCCCCAAGCCGCUCGUCGCUGUGGUGAACGGACCAGCUGUGGGGAUCUCUGUCACUGUGCUGGGACUGUUUGACCUAGUGUAUGCCACAGAGGGGGCCACAUUCCACACUCCGUUCAGUCAGCUGGGUCAGAGUCCUGAAGGCUGCUCUUCCUACACCUUCCCCAGAAUAAUGGGCACUGCCAAGGCCAGUGAGAUGCUGUUGUUCAAUAAGAAGCUCACAGCAGUUCAGGCCUGUGAACUUGGUUUGGUCACUGAGGUUUUCCCUGACAGCAGCUUCCAGUCAGAGGUCUGGAGCAGACUGAAGGCCUACGCCAAGCUGCCUCCCAAUUCUUUGGCUCUGUCCAAGCAGCUCAUCCGAUCAGUUGAGAAGGAGCGACUGCAUGCGGUGAAUGACACUGAAGUGGAUCGUCUGAUUGAACGCUGGACGUCAGACGAGUGUUUCAAGGCCGUCAUGAGCUUCUUCCAGAGCAAAGCCAAGCUGUGAUGGACAGGCUUUACCUGUAGUAGGAGGAUUAGUUCAGGUUUAUAGGGCGAGUGCAGCAUUCACAGAUUUGAACAAAACAACAGAUUUUGUUCCUGAACCGUCCUCUUUUCAGAUCUUCACGGUGUAUCUGCAUCAUCAGGUCAACGUUCACCAGAUUCCUGUAACAUUCCCAUCAUCCUCAGCUGCACUUAUUUCACUAGACGUUUUGUCACUAGUGCUUUGACCUCUUGAUUAAGUGUUUUACUGAUUCAGAAGACUCCGCAUUAGUUUAGGUUUCUGGAGCUCGUAGCUCCCGUGGGAUCUGAUGAACGCUGUUCAGUGUAGUGUAGGGCGAUAACUGUUUAGCUGCUGCCUUCAGGGGCCGCAUCCUCUGCCAGCCAGAGCUGCAGUGUUUGGCCCAAACUCACAUUUAUCAUCUGAUGCUUCGUUACAUGAAGUGUUCAGUUUGUUGCCUUCUGCCUUAAACAUGUUCUGUAUGUUCUUCAUAAAUGCAGCUGCUCCUCGGCUGUUGUAUUAAAACCUCACUACAGUAAAA